GGGGGCGCGUGCUGCUGAUUGACUCGACUAGCAUGAAAAGAUAAGUGAAGGAUAACGGCUACUACACCACCAUCUUUUACUACUAUACUAGCACUCUAUAUCAAUUUCUUAUACGAAAUACGAUGAACCGAACCCCCAUUCAUUCUCUUCACCAUAAUAGCCCAGAGACACACACCGGAAUUCAAAAGCGAGAGAUACGAGAAUUGGAGUGAUUUGGCAAGAAGCCCAUCCCGUGAUUUGUGUGCUCGUCUACGCUAGUUAAUUAGGAUGAGUUCGGGGCCGAUCGGCGCCAUACGGAGUUGUGGAGAUAGUGACACAAUUAUCGGUUGUCACUCCUUCUUUUUCCCUGGCCAUCAUGGGUCCUUUUUCAGGUUGAGGAUGUGGGAACUGGGAACUUCUCGGCUGAGUGUGGGGGGUACAAGAUUUGCUUUGUUUGUCCAGCCUGCUUCUUUGAGUCAUAGAAAACAGAUCUGUCAACAUUGCCUAUUUCUUUCGAGCUUUUGUUACUUUUUUGGACCGGGUCCCUCACUCUCUCACACAGAGACAAAGAGAGUCCUUCCAAAUCGGGCUUCCCCGUUGUCUCUCAAUCAAUUCUCAAUUCUCUCUCGCUCCAGACUCGUCCGUCCCGGAUCGUCAUCCCCGAGCCCCGCCGCGUCUUCUUCGACUAGGCUACUUGUCUUGUGCUUUGCUACUAAAACUUCCUCAGACUUAAAACAGAAAAAAGGCGCCCCCAAACAUACCACCGUGCUCAACCCAGGAUGGAUCCUCCCAAGACAAUAAAUGGGUCGGCUAGUCUUUUGACAGUGGCGGAUUCAAAUCCGCGGCAACUAAUCGUUCCUUCAGCGGUACUUGCUUCGGAGUGAGAUCGCAGUUCGGUCGCCAAGAGAGCAACAGGCCCUGCUAUGAUUCGUCCCCUCGUUUACUUGCCAAAUGAUGGUAAUCCUUCACGGAUCUUCAGCCCGCCCCUCCUUCUUCGCCG